AGGAGUUUACCAGUCGGGGCACCGACGCUAUGUCCUAUUCUACAAUAUUUUUUAUCUCCUUACGUUAUUACUUUUUAAUUGUUGAUUUCUUGGCAGAACUAAUCUUUUCAGUCGGCUAGGAUCUUUGCAAAAAACAUGGCAACUGGAAAGGAUUGAGUAAGGAGGAAGGAAGGAUCAAGUCCCCAUUGGUAGGCUCCAAAGAACAUUUUCAGGUUUUCUUUUCAAUAUGUAAUUUCUGCUUUGUCACCUAGCAGGAAGGCAAAACCCACAUACACACAAGCACCUUAAAUUGGCUGCCAUCUCCAUUGGUGCAAGACAAGUUGUUCCCCACUAGCCUUUUCAGUUGCUGUUCCCCUCCACAAACUAAAGAAAGUAUCCUUCUAAACCAUCACUUGCUUUGAUUCUCGGGUAGCAUCCAUUCCAUAGCAUCAUAGUUGCAAGCAGGUGAGCAGCUACAUAACUCCCUGAUCCAAACUUGUUCUUGCACUGAGUUGCCAUGACCGGAGGGGAUCCCAUGGAUGUAAUCAGCCUGGAUGACUGGGAGCUCCUGCCUGACCAGGAGAGCUCCUUCUUCAUGGAGUACACUGUUGGUGGUAAGGACCAGAUCUUGUUGGGGGCUGACUUGGUCAUGAUCAACAUGGACCACUUCACCCCUGCAUCUCACUCUUCUCCCUAUAAUUGCAUCUUAGACGAAGAAGCCAAGAAACCACAUCAGCCACCAUUGUUCCAAGAUGCCUCUGAUCCCGUCGUCGAAUUCAAGGACAUCGGUGUCGUGCACACCCAGUUGAGCCAAGAGGAGUCCGCGUCAAAGGUGUCUGAGGUGCUGAUCUCUGACGCGGAUGACGAGGAGCUGAUCAAGUGGCGUGCUGUUGUCGAGGAAGUUUGUGAGAAGGACGAGGUGAUGGUGGAAGCAGCACCUGAUCUACGCGACGAGGAGGAAGAAGGUGUCAAGGGAGACAGGGCAGGGCUGGAAUGCGUAGGUUUCAGUGUCGGGAAACUGCGGGUGAACGGUGCUGGGGCACUCUGCUCGUUUGGGGUUGCGGCUGCCACCUUCUGCAUCUUCCUGCUUGGCGGCAAGCCACAGAACCAGAAGAAGGUGCAGAGCCAGAAGAUGCAGUUCCAGAUGUAUGCGGACGAUGAGAGGAUUCACCAGGCUGUGGAGCGGGCCUCGAUGUUGAACCAGGCUAUGUCGUCUGUCAUGGGAGGCGCAUCCACUAGGGCAAGCAUAUCAUUCGGUGGCUACUAUGAUGGUUUUUGAUGUGCUAGAAACUUCUAGAAUCCUUGUGUAUUCAUGACCAUAGUAUUAGAUGCAGAGUAUUUGUAUUGAUAUAUUCUUUAUAUUGGCCAGGGCCCAGUAGCCUGGAUGUACGCUAGCUAAUACUAGCAUCUUGCCUCCUCUCACCUGUACAGUCAUUGCUGGGUGUGAAUAUUUUGGGUUGAUCAAUA